AUGGAGAUAAAUUAUUUUGAUAUCAAUUUAUUGUGUGUAAAAUGGCCGGCGCAAGUGGUUGGAUAUUUACAAUAAGUUUUAUAUUGGCCGCCAAUCAUGUUUGUGCUCACAUACCAUACUCGUAUUAUAACUCCGCGGAACCGGACUCUCCAACUUAUGUGAACGUACAGCCUUCAAACAAGCUGAGUAGGCAGUCAGCUGCCUCCCGCCUGGCUGCCGUGCGCGCCGUGAUGAGUGAGAGACACGUAGACGCAUAUAUUGUGCCCACAGCUGAUGCACAUAACUCUCAGUACAUAUCCCCGGCGGACGCGCGUCGCGAGUGGCUCUCUGGUCUGCGCGGCUCGUCGGGCACGGCGCUGGUGACGGCUACCAGGGCGCUGGUCUGGACCGACGCCCGGUACUGGACGCAGUUCGACGUAGAAGUCGACGCCACUCUUUGGGACCUGAUGAAGCAGGGAGUUGAUGAUUCCCUGCAGACCUGGCUUGUGAACAACAUGGCGGAGUCGGUGGUGGCUGUCGAUCCUACCACCUACACUAGGAGUGCCUGGACUACUCUGGAAACGGCAUUAGCAGCACGUAACAUAACACUACAGGCUAUAUACGAGAACCUGGUAGACAUCGCUAGAACUAGGCUCAAUGACGGACCGCCUGACAGACUCAAUGAGGCCCUACUGCCUCUCACUCUGCAGUACACCGGUCAGCCAUCUUCCGAGAAGAUCUCGGAGUUAGUUCAACAAAUGAACACUAGAGGCGCCACUGUAUUGCUGCUGACUGCCUUGGACGAUAUAGCGUACACACUAAACGUUCGCGGUUCCGACAUACCGUUCAAUCCAGUGUUCUUUUCUUAUCUUGUGAUCAGGAGGAACCCGACAACGGUAAGAAAGUAUAUGACAUCAUAUUAUGCUCUCUUUCCAGUUAGAUUUUAUACAUUUUCAAAUGAGAAUAAAUAUUUUGACCACCAUAAAAUGCUUUGAUACCCUAACCAAAAAUAUCUACUUAACAC